AUGUUCAUAUCUUCAAAAGCAGGACUGGUCCAGUUCGUUCUUAUUGUGAUCGGAGUGAUGGUCGUAUUUAGUGGGAAAGGUUGCUUAUGCAGCAAUCCAGCGCAAGGGAAAAAGAAGAAGGGACGCGGAGUCGGGACAUUGGUAGAUAAAGUGCUGGAUAAAGCAUUGGAUAAAGUGCCGGAUAGAGUAGUGGAGAGACUAGUAGAUAGAGUAGCGGAGAAAGCAGCAGUUAGAGUAGCAGAUAAGGUGAAAGAUAAAAUGAAAGAUAGGGCAACAAAAGAGAUAGUGCGCAAAGAAGAGGGCGGUGUGAUGGGGCGUGUGAUGGGUAGAUUUCGGAAGAGUUAA